UUAGUUGCAGUCGGAGGAGCUCCAAGUAUAUGAAAUCACUGCGAAAGUAUUUUAUAAUUUCGAAAAAGUCAUCACCAAUCGAAAACAAAGACAGCCAGAGCAAUUCACCUUACCAAAGCGCUUAAAUCACAUAAUGAAUUAUUUAAGUUCAGUGUGAAUCAUAUUGAGUCGGGCUUGUAAAAAAAUUCACUCAAUAUUAAAGACUCAAGCUCGAAAUUUCGACCGUCGAGCGUCUACCGUCUAAGAGAUGCAAAUCUUCAAUGCAAAUAAACAAGUCAGCUCAAAGGUGAGCUUAAAUUGUCACUCAACCUGUUUGCAUACAAUAUUGUAAUUCGAUUCGGACUCGGAAUCGGAAGAAGUGCUUGACAGCCAAGCUGCCAGCUUGCCUGCCCAGGGGGUGACCCCGAAACCAGUUCCAAGAAAUGGCGCAAAUAUUCCUGGGAUUCGAGCGUCUCUGACGUAGAUUUGUUUACUCCCCUUAUAUGGCUUAGUAGUACCACCGAUUCACGAUAAUAUACUGAUAAAAACAACGCUGGAAGACCGAGCUGAGCUGCGAGAGCUACCAGUCGAUCGGUUAAGCUCAAUCAGCUCGGCGGAAUGAGUCGGCGCUUAAAUUUAUUUUUAUACGAGGCUGCAAGGCACGCGAUCGUCAUUUAGUAGCGAACCUUUACGCGAACCGCAUCGAACCGCCAAUAUCGCGAUAGACACCCAAGACACUACCACUAUACACAAUGUUUCAAAAAAGGAUUAUCGAGCUCAUCACGGUGCUGUUCUACUGGAUGAUACUCGUCCCCAUCAUCUACAACUACUGCAAGGAAAGAAAGAUCAUCGAAAUGGAUAUGAACAAGCUAAUCGAUUCGAUGACCACGCACGCAACCUUCGUCCUGUGCCUAAUGAUUGGAUACGUGAUUCUCUACCGGAUCGUCAUGUUCACCUACAUGAAGCUGAAGGUCUGCGACAUCGAGAUGUGGCACACCCUGAAGAAGACCAAGGAGGACCCGGAGGCCUAUCUGUCGGAUAAGACACACUACCAGCCCGUCUCCUUGGAGCACAUUGAUGUGGUCGACUCCGGGAAGAAAAAGAAGUCCAACCCCCUGAACUCUCCCCAGAUGAUCAGGACCAUCAGUGAUCCCCUGCUCACCGAAGGCGACCUGGCCCGCAUCCACAUAAAGCACGAAACGAAGCGACUGGCCAAUGCCACCAUGCCCAGGAUACACCAAGUCAACGUCCAUCCCAGUCCGAGUCCCAGCCUAAGGAGUGCCCCAGCCGUGCCCAAAAAGGACAAGAGUGGCGUCAUCAUGUCCCCCAUGAUGCCGCCCUGCCAAGUGGUGUGAUCAUGUUUCCCAAAGUCACUUGGUGAUGCUAUAGCUCAAUCAUAAAAGUCCGCGUUAAGUAUUAGCUACUGCCCAAAGAUCGAAUAGCAAAUCGAAAAAAGACGAAAUUAGUCAAAUCAUUCCAGAAUAAAUAGCGAAAAUAUUUAUUAAUAAUUAUAAGACUGCGAUUGUUGCAUGUGUUCUGUAAGAGACACACGUGUGUAGUUUAUAGAAAACAAA